AAGGUAACUGACCUGUACACACAGUUCACUGUGUAGGGGCCUUUCAAUAGUUCUUAACUGCUGCACCUCCACCACAGCCUGUAAAGAUGGUAUCAGGUGAGAGGAAGUCUGACAUGGAGCGUCUUGGUGUGUUUAAAGAGAUGAGCUACAUCUCUAUAGGAGACAAGUACACUCCUCUCUUCAACCGUCCCUUCAACGAGUCAGCCUAUAGUAGCCGCCAGAUGCAAGCGGGUGUCGCUAAACAACGCUGUGCUCUGCAAGGCGGCUUCUUCGAAAAGUCCUUCAAUCGCAUAUUUGAGCGCGAGGCCCUGAGUGACCCGUUGAAAGCGGCCCGACAGGACCGCAUCCAGCAGACCAAAAAGAACCUGGGAAAGGCUUUCCUGCCUUCUAACAGCAUCAAGAAGCCGUGUGGUUCAGGUAGUUACUAUGGGACUUUGUCAGGACCAGUUGAAGCCAUGAGUCCACUGAGAGUCCCUCAGAAAGCCCGUCCUUCACCUGGACGCAACAUCCUCACCUCACCUCCCAAAAAAGGCAGUGGUUACAGUUAUCCCAAUGUGACACUGUCCAAAAUCGAGCCGUAUGCCUCAGACCCCUACGACAGAGACAAAGAAGUACUAAAGAGGGAGGCAGCAAUCCAUCGCUCCAAGCUGAGAGAUGGUCCAUUCAGGCUCAACCUCCACCCCAAAGAUUAUUUCCAACGCAACCCAUACCGCAGUGACAAGCCCCUACCACCAGCCCAUAAGCCCCUCCCACCUGCACAGAAAGUCCAUCCAGUUCCCUUCAAGCCUACAUCCCCCAGCAAAAAGAUUGGAGGACUGAAGGCGGGGACAUUUGAUCCUUACCCAACUCACUCUACUGAUCCAUAUGUCAUCCGACGCUCCAAACCACCCAAUCACGAGCCAGUGUUCCGUCCUGCUCCUGGUCCUAAAAGCACACCUGUCAAGAGUAUCAUCACAGUCAAUGUUAACAGGAGUGUUCAUUCUGCAAACUACACUUCAACCAUUCCAGCUGUGAUGACCCUCUGACUGCCUUGUCCUUACCACAGCAGCUAGGGAUUUACCUGCAAAGUACUUAUUUAGACUAUAAUUAUUCAGAAUGAUUCAGAAUUCAUAUAUACUUCAGUUGUAAUCGAUGUAUCACAGAGACUGUACUUCUAGCUUGAUCCACCAGACAGUUUAAAACUGAAGAAGCCUUUUGGAACGAGAGGUGAAAUUUUUACAACAAGUCCAAGUCAAGUCCAGCUGUCUUGUUGGAUCAAGCUUCAGAAGUUCAAAUGUAGUUUAUUUAAGUUUAAGUUACUUCCUGGUCUGUAUCAAGAUGAAGUUAUUUUAAGUCUUUAUGAAAAAGAAGUAUUACUCAUUAUCAGCACAGCAGCCUGUCUGUGCAGUUUGUAGUUAUUUUCUUGAAGAAAAUCAUAUGAUGUUGUUAAGCCUGCGAACUGACACUGGAACGUAUGUGCAAGCUAUUUCAUGAAACUAAGUGACACAAAACUUGAUGUGCAAAUACAUUUAAAAAGACUUGAUGAAAUCA